AACAGAUGCAAAUGAUCUAGUUGCCAAACAUGAGUUCACCGCGGCGACCGCAGGCGCGUGCGCGCGUGAAAUCCUCGCCGGAGAUGAAUCAAUCGGAUCUGCAAUCGGGAAGUUUGGAAGCCUCGCUUCUACGGCUCUUCAAUGAUCAUCAGAAUGCCGAUAUCCGGCUCCGAGAACACACAGAGAAAUCGAAGAAAGAGGCGAUCAAGAGCGCUUCUCGUGUAUCGGAUCUGUUAGUGGAGGCUGUUAAUGGAGAUGUUGAAGAGUGUUUCGUGAACGAGAAGCGAAUAGAAGUCGAAAUUAGAGCAUUGAAGGCUACUAUUCUGCGAUUUGGAAAGCAGACCAAUCAGUGGCUUGCUUCUACUCAUGCUAUUAACAAUGCUAUCAAGGAAAUAGGAGAUUUUGAGAACUGGAUGAAGACGAUGGAAUUAGAUUGUAAAAGCAUUACUGCAGCUAUUUCCAACAUUCACCAGUCCUGAUCACAUGGUAGAUGACAUGUGGGAUAUGUUGGGUUAGUUUGGUUUGUAAAUGAUGCAUGUUUGGAACACAACAUCACUUGGCAUACUCUGCAUUACGUUUUUCCUGCUGUUGUGGUUUGGAUGAGGGGGUUUCAUAGCUGUAAUCUUUGAUGUUCCGUCACAGGCUUCCUAAUACGAUGCUGUAGUUAUUACGGUAACGAGUAAUAGGUAUUUGAUUCUAGUCUUUAUUGCUAGUUGUGUAAGUGGUCAGAUCUAUGCCUCUUUGAAUUUAGAUGACUAAUUUCAGGAGUAUAUAUAUAUA